AUGAAUGUCUUCCCUCUUAGAGCUGAUACUUACACUGUCGCAAAUCGAUGCUAUCGUAGAAAUCCGUACAGGCCACAAGCUGCGAAACAGCCAGACUCCACUGACUAUGGAGACACUCCUGACUUGUAUGGAGACGAGCCAGAUGUCUCUUGCAAGUUCAACAGUUCAGAUGAACGGCAGCUAAAAAUAAACAAUGGUGUUAGCGGAGAUAAAAGGGAUACAAAAGGGAAAGCGAAUGUUGAUAAGAAGCAACCAAACGAGAAAACUGCAUACAAGACAGAAGACGAACGGAUUUUGGUUUAUGACAACAAAUGGACUUCGGAGAUGUAUGUCCCUCAGGCAUUCUUGGGGAAGCUGAUUGGAGUAAAAGGAAGUACACGAAUGGACAUCGAAAAGUCCACAAGCUGUCGUCUCAAAAUACCACGGAAUCCAGGAGAGAACUUAGUCGUCACUUCGUUCUCUGGACUAGAAUCCGUGCAAAUCUGUCUGGAUCGUGUAGAGGAUUUGUUGCUGAGUUUUCGACAGACAACUCACUAUUCUCAUUUCGUCUCAUACCCGUUACAGGACUCAUCUGAACUACAAACAUCAUUUGCGAAGUUCAAAGAAGCAGUCCUGGCUUCCCCGAACAUUCCAGAAGCAACACGAAAUCCAAAUUUAUUUAUUAAAAGCCAGCGGCUCCAUUGUACGAUUAGUAUGUUGCGCUUACUGGAUGACCGAGACGCCGAGGCUGCAAAGAAAAUUAUUCGAGAAGCUCUUGACGACUUAAAGAUGAACCAACCUAUAGAAGUGGAAGUGAGAGGGCUCUCCUUGUUCAACGAUGAUCCAAGUGAAACCAUGGUUGUCUUCGCUAACGUGGAACAUCCUCAGUUUCAAAAAUUGGCUGAUUGUAUUAACCGGAAGCUGAUAGGAGCAACACUAGCUUUCCCCAGUCCGGGCAAUGACUCUUCACAAUCUGUUGUUAUUCAUAUGACUCUCAUGAAUAGCAAAUACGCAGCACAGGCUGCUGCUACCUACAACCGUAGAGCAUUUGACGCGACUGCCCUAUUGGAUGAAUUCGGAUGUUACAACUUCGGGAAAGCCGUUGUAGACAAGGCAACCAAAAAGCAAUUUUAUUAUAAAUUUAUUCAUUUUCAGGUUGUUAUCAAUUGUUUCAGUGAUGAUUCCAAAGGAGGCUACAAAGUUUUUCACGAAACGUCAUUUCAUGAGAGAUGA